CAGAGCGCUGCAACUACUAGUGCCAGAACUUCAAAAACGCGUGGACGACAUCCAUUACGAGAUAACUGAGGAGAAGACUCAUUAAAAGUUCAUUUCUUCAUAUGAUACGGUAAUCGACAAGCGCAGUACUCCCCGUGGAUUAAUCAUUGUGUCUGAUGUGGGCAGGUGAGACGCACCUGUUCAGCACGCACUCAAAACUGAUUAAAGACAACUGUGCUGGGCAACAUUUUGGAUAUCUGCAUGAUAACAGCAUUUACAUAAAUGGCGUUAUCAUAUAAAACAACUGUUCGUCGAAAAAAACAAGAUGGAUUUAAACCUGAACUGUAGCUACUUAAAAGCCGGAUUAGGUGUUUUGUUUUAAAAGCCUCGAUCUCUAUACAGGUGGCACGUGAAAGUGUUUGCACGUUGUUGUUGUUGUUGUUAUGGGGAACCAAGUGGAUAAACUUACACAUUUAACUUAUGAUGAAUUACCCACGACUGACCCCAAUGGGUUUGACCCGGAGGACGACACGCCACGGAUCGGUGUGUCUUAUAUUUUCUCCGCUGACGACGACGAACAGGAGAACGUGGAUGAGACGGAAAGAGAUCCGGACGAAGACGACAAAAACUACGACUGUUUCGAUGAAUUACAAUGCUCGCUAUAUUAUCGAGAUGAGUGCAUUUAUGAGAAGAAUAGCGUGUUCGUUGAAAUUGGAAACUUGUCGGUUGAGAACUUGCUGAAUACGUGCAAACCCGGUGACCUGGUGGAAUUUGUGGCCAUCGGGCAAUAUCCACACUGGGCUGUAUGUGUUGGUAAUUCACAGGUGGUUCAUUUGUAUAGGAACGAAAUUAAACGAGACUUUCUUUUCGAGGCAAGUCAAGGUAAAAAAGGCAGAAUCGUGAACGAGCUGUAUAAGUUUCGGUCGCUGAGCCCUGAAGUUGUGGUCCGUAAUGCCAUGGAGCAGGUCGGCAUGAAGGACCGGGAUAUUUGCUGGAAAAGCUCUGAAUGCUUCGCCGCCUGGUGCAGGUUUGGCAAACGCGAGUUUAAAAUUGGAGGUGAGAUACGAAUUGGGAAGCAGCCCUACAAGAUGAAACUGCAGCUGUCAGAGAAGAAAAGUCACAUAUUGGACUUUCAGAGUUUGGAGGAUAUAAUCAUGGAAAAGAGAAGAAAUGAUCAGAUUGGCAGGAAUGCUGUCGUUCAAGAAUUGGAGAAUCAUUUAAACUGCACUGAAGACACUAAAAACGACUACAAUAGUAACUGAUGGAUCUUAAGGGAACUUCACUUGUGAUGUGGGCAAACUGUGUCUCGUUACUGAGAAAAGUUUUUUUUUUUGUAAUGACUUUAACCACAGCGAUGUUGUAAUAAAAAAGAACAUUUGUUAAAAAAUAACUUUUAUAAUUGGACAAAGUUUAUAUUUACAUAAAACGAUAAUCUUGCUCCAGGCAUAUUUUCUCAUUUUUGUAAUUAUGCAUUACUUUUUGUGUUUAUAUCCAAGAUACAUUCUGGAAACUUUUCCAUUAGUGAUGUCAUUUGAAGUAUUUUGUUCAAGGGUGUUUUUGGAGUAUUUUGUGUUAUUGUUGUGGUCGAGUGUGUUUUCUUAUUAUAAUUUCAAUGUCUCAUUAAAACAUAUGUGCAUUUUUAUUUAAGAUGUUUUUUGAGUUCAGUAGCUUUGAAUCCGUUAAACAGCACUUUUUAAUUUACUAACACUAACCAAUUUGUCCAAUUCUCUACAGAUAGUCAAUUUAUUUAUAAAUGUAUAUAAACUUUCAGUGCAUAUAAACUCUUCAACUUUG